AUGGGCCAGCGGACGACGCAGCGCCGCGGCUUCAGGUUCUCGGCGUGGCGGAGGAACGCCAACGGCGAGAAGCCGCAGGAGAAGCUCUCGCUGGGCCAGCGCCUCAAGAAGCUCUCCAAGGAGUACGGCUGGUCCGCCGUGGGCGUCUACCUGGCGCUGAGCGUCCUCGACUUUCCGUUCUGCUUCCUCCUCGUGCGCAUCGUCGGGACCGACACCAUCGGCAAGAUCGAGCACUACGUCGUCGAGUCGGUAAAGCACUGGGUCCCCGAAUCGGUGCGGGACGCGGCCCAUAGGUACUGGAGCUCCCUCAAGAGCGUGGAGACGGAGAAGCUCGGCGACGACGGCAUCAGCGAAAAGGUCGAAAUGGCCGGCUGGGGCGUCGAGGAGGCCAGCGAGCGCAACAAGGAGGAAGCGAGCUUGGCAACGCAGCUCGCCCUCGCGUACGCCAUUCACAAGAGCUUCAUCUUCAUCCGGGUGCCACUCACCGCGGCCGUGACUCCCAAGGUCGUCAAGGUGCUCCGUUCCUGGGGCUGGAACAUCGGCAAGAAGCGCCCCUCGUAG